AUGUCAAUGAACAAAGCUAAAAGCAAAGGUCGACAGAAGAUUGAAAACAAGUUAAUAACAGACUAUCGUUGUCGUGAAGUUACAUUCUCAAAGCGCAAAAGUGGGCUCUUCAAGAGUGCAAGUGAGCUUUGUAUACUAUGUGGUGCAAAAAUUGGCAUAGCUGUGUUCUCCCUUACAGGCAAGCCAUUCUGUUUUGGAAACCCAGAUAUCAACACAAUCAUAGACCAAUAUGUCAGUGGAAAUCCACAAACAAAUGUUGGUACAGGUGGUAUUGUGGAGUCUCUCCAACGGGCUACAAUUCUGGAGCUUAGCAAGGAACUCGACAUGAAACUUAAGGAAUUGGAAAUCGAGAAAGAGCGAGGAGAGGCAAUUGAAAAGUUGAGGAAGGAGAUCCAACAAAAACUUAUCUGGGAAGCACCUAUUGAAGAGCUUGGUCUACGUGAUCUUCAACAAUUAUCAUUGUCAUUGGAAAACCUUAAGAAGAAAAUUCAUGCUCGAAUUCACGAGCUAUAUAAUGGGGCUUCUUCUUCCUCUUCUUCAUGGUCAUUGCCAUCCGCUGAUGCCACCCAUUUGGUAGGAGCUUUUAUCACAGAAACAUCAAACAGAGACAUGGAAUGGCAAGCUCAAAGGCAGAAUGAGGAAUUGAAUAGUUCCUUGGAUUGUCUGACUUUUGAUGCCUUCUAA